GGCACCCGCUCUAACGGCUAACGUCUCUCACAUCCCCGGGCUUGAGCCGGUGCUCCACCGUUCCUGGCCUGUCCGGCCGAUGGACCGCACGGAAAUCAGUGUCGCUGAUAACCGAAAGACUCAUUUCUUGUGCGACACGUAUUUACUGUCGCAAAAUUGGCAAGAGCUAUUCUACGGGGAUUUGGCCAGGUGUUGAUGAAUUACGAUUGGCAAACGAUUUCAAGUGUCUUGACUGUGACGGCAAAAGUAUCUCUAGUGCUUGUGCCGAGUAUCCUACGAGAUCGAUGUUGACAUCUCUUGAAAGGAUGAAGUCUGCGAAUAGAUAGUCCUAAAAAAGGAUUUAUUAUACAGUCAAUCGCUUUGAUUAAGAAGAAAUAUUUCUUAAAGAAUCAUCAAAUAAAUCUCAAUAAUUGUUGAAGAAUUAUCGUUUCUGAAGAUGCAUUAGUUUCCAAAGAUCUGAAGGACUCUUAAAGACAGGUUUGGUGACAGUCUUGAAAAGAUUUUCCAAAUAGUUUUAUUAAAAGUUACAGAAGAUUGUGUAUGUUUGUUUAUUGCUGAGAAAACUUAAAAAUUGCAAACGUGUUGAAGAAAAAGAUGCGAAUGACGUGUGUAGUGACGCGAAAGUUGUAAAACGGUGAACGGACUCGAGGUCCAGGAUGAUGGAAGUGCAGCAGCAACACUCACCUGUAGGGGUGGGUCCGUUAGACUUUUCGAGACGAGGGGUUGCCGAAGCAUCAGCAUUUCGAGUUGUUAAGCCCAAACAAUCGGCCUCGUCUCUCGUGCAUCAGCAACCAUUGCCGCCGGAAACUAACAACAACGAAAAUCUUCAAGAGAACCCACAAAUUCCUAUUGACGAAGGAGGAUGCAAUGUUCGUUUAAUGUUUCCGAGACUGUGGGCACCUUUUGGGAACGCCACGGAAGUUACAAACCUGCCACCUUUGCCAAAAAGUCACUCAGAACGGCUCUCUUUCGGAGUUGGUCGUCUGGUGGGUUCACCGGCGACGAGGAGUCCCUCGCCGUCUCAGUCUCCUUGCCCGGAUUCCCCUCCGCCCGAGCGUCGGGACGCCGAGGUGGACGUUGACGUCGGUGAAGAGGAAGUCGACGUGGACGUCGAGGAAGUCGGUGACGAGGAUGAUCAUGAGGGUACCUCGAGUCCUCCGCGAUCGUCAUCCACACCCUCGCCGUCGCCGAUUAGCGUCGCGACAUCGCCCGUGUCACAUCCACCGAAGAAAUCCGGCGACAGUUUCAGCGUUUCCGCACUCUUAAGGCCGGAUCCGCCUUCGGCACACCUACAGAACGCGUCCCCGCACCGAGAAUCCGCUUCCAUGGGCGCCCAUCCGCCACCGCCCGGUUCGUCGAUCCUGUAUCCGCCGUUGCAUCUUCAGGGCAGCCUCUUACCACCCCAUCCGCAUCAUCCUCUCACGUACCUGCAUCCCCAGCUAUUACCGCAUCAUCUUUUACCGCCGCACCUGCAUCCAUUGUUACGCAGCGUUCAUCCGGCUCACCCGGGGCUGCACUCGACCCACACGGCACACGGGCUGCACCAUCCUCAUCCGCUCGGUGACGUCUACAGCUGCGUCAAGUGCGACAAGAUGUUUAGCACGCCGCAUGGACUCGAGGUGCAUGCGAGGCGGUCACAUAACGGUAAACGACCAUUUGCCUGUGAAUUGUGCAACAAAACCUUCGGUCACGAAAUCAGUCUCACGCAGCACAGAGCUGUGCAUUCCGCAGAGAAAGUGUUCGAAUGCAAGCAAUGCGGUAAAGCCUUCAAAAGAUCCAGCACACUCAGCACUCACCUUCUAAUCCAUUCGGAUACGAGACCAUAUCCCUGCCAAUUUUGCGGCAAACGAUUCCACCAAAAAAGCGACAUGAAGAAACAUACUUAUAUACAUACUGGCGAGAAACCUCAUAAAUGUCAAGUAUGCGGCAAAGCGUUCUCACAGAGCAGCAACCUGAUCACGCACUCGAGAAAGCACACGGGUUUCAAGCCGUUUGCCUGCGAGCUUUGCGGUCGAGCUUUUCAACGAAAAGUUGAUCUGAGGAGGCACCGUGAAACGCAACACGCCGACCUGAACGCGUCGCAUCGACCACCAAUUGGUUCAAUUCCCGGACAGAAUUCUCUACCCAGUGGAAACCCACCGAUGAUGCAGUGAGGCUGCGACAAGAAAGCGAUUGAUGAUUUGCCGUCGAAUUAAUGCGAAACGACAAUUGGAGAACGUUGCAAUUAGCAAGUUCUUUUCCGCGAAUCACGCAAUACGGUCGUAUUGAGGACACAAUUACUGCGUAAAAUGAAAUCGUGAAUGAUGGUCUCCAUGACCGUCGAUGAUGGCGGAGAUACGGGAGCGUAAAUUAAUCUCAUGGAUAGAAUCGUGAGUGAGGCGAUUGCGGAUUGCAUUGUGAUGAAUUGUUGGCUGGAAGAUAUCGACUUUUUGCAUUUUGUGUUGCCUUCGGUUUGCCUUUUUAAUAAACUUUCAAUUAACAAUAAUCAACUGAACGAUAUAUUCAUAAACUAAAUUCCAAUUUUAGUAUAAAAAGAACCGCAGUAUGUACAGUUAUUAUAAUGAAAUUUGAAUUAAAAAUUAUCAGAAGGCAAAAUAUUAAUAUCCAACAUUCGCAGAUUACGUCGAAAGAUACAAAAUUUUGAUGUAAAUUCAAAUUGCAUAACAGACGCAAAAUUAAUCGGAACAGUGCAAUGCAAUUCGAGAGUAAAUUCUCGUAAUAAUUUAAAUUUGCCGGAGAAAGGGGUCAAGCAUUUUUUUAUUGUGAAAUCUUCAUUAAUCUUAGUGCAAAAAUGGCUACAUAAGUCGAUAUUUAUUCGAUUCUUUGUUUUGCGUGCAUCGAUUAAUUUAAUAUAAAUCUGUUACGACUUCAAGGAUUCUUGAUUUGCGAAAUAUACUCAGGACACAUGGAGAAAGUGAAUUGAUGAUUUAUUGCGACUUGACAAAUAAAAGUGUUGCAUUUGUUUCGUUCCUAAAUGAAGUGUGUGUCGAGAUUUGGUUCUUUCAGCGAUUUGUAUUUGAAUAAGAAAACCUCUCGAUGCGGUGAAAAAUAAAAAUUUAUAAGUUACAAAGAUACGUAAGCGUGAAAGUGAAUGAACUGAGAACUGUUUUUGUUACGAAUGAUAGUUAAUACUUUCUACUUUAAUCGUCUAGCUAUUUGCUAAUCGAUUGUCUGUUACUAUAACUUCUCUUAUUGCAUAGAUAUUUUCACAACACGCAGUGCGACCAUCGAGCUAGUCAAACAUUUUGCAAAAAUAUAGCUGGAUAUUAUUUUAUAAAAAUGUAAUAUAUAUUUUUAUUAAUAAUCUAAUGCACAUUUGCUAUCAAGUAUUAAAAGUAAAAUGUUUCUUUUACUUCUUGAAAAUCUACUCAGACAACACUGUGUUAUUUUUAAUAUUGAGAAAAGUUAGCAGUGUGAUUUAAAAAACUAUAUUUUUUGCAAAUUACAUUAAAAAUAUUUUUUAAAUGUAGAUAUCAUUCGAGUAGCAUGAUCGUCGAAUGGCGUGUAACGUGUCAAAGUACGACGAAAAUGUACUGUAUUUUGCAUAUCUCCCGCACCUGCCAUUGAAGAAAAGGGCAUCAAAUCUCCAUCAGUCCCUAAAGUUGCAACUGUGACCAAAAAUUGUAAAUAACACGUAGACCGUAUCAUGGUUAGUCUAAGCGUAUAAAUAUAUACAUAUAAAUAUGAAUAUAAAAAUGAACCGAAGCUAUAAAUAUUAUAAAUAGAGAGGGCACACAAUAUGUGCGGCGCAGCAUCGUUCCGACUAAUGGCGGCUCCCUCGCAGUGGCCUCACCAAGAAGUUAUUAUAUUCUUCCCUUUUUCUCGCUAUCAAAAUUUUUAUUGUUGUAUCAU